AUGCACGAUGACAACUGCAUUUCUGCACUUCUUUUUCCUGGCAUCCUUCUGCUGGGUUUUGACAGAAGCUUGGCAGUCCUAUAUGGCUGUGACGGGGAAAGUUCGGACCAGGCUCAUCCGGAAACGCUUCCUCUGCCUGGGAUGGGGAUUACCUGCUUUAGUGGUCGCUAUCUCAAUGGGAUUCACAAAAGCUAAAGGAUACGGGACACCCCAAUACUGUUGGCUAUCUCUGGAAGGUGGUCUUCUCUAUGCAUUUGUGGGACCUGCUGCUGCAGUGGUGCUGGUUAACAUGGUGAUUGGUAUUCUAGUGUUUAAUAAACUGGUUUCAAGAGAUGGGAUCCUGGAUAAGAAACUAAAACACAGAGCAGGGCAGAUGAGCGAGCCCCAUACUGGAUUAACUUUAAAAUGUGCCAAAUGUGGCAUCGUCUCAACUUCUGCUUUAUCAGCAACAACGGCCAGCAACGCCAUGGCCUCCCUGUGGAGUUCCUGUGUCGUUCUGCCUUUAUUAGCUCUCACCUGGAUGUCUGCGGUGCUGGCCAUGACGGACAAACGCUCAAUUCUAUUCCAGAUCCUCUUCGCGGUCUUUGACUCCCUGCAAGGCUUUGUCAUAGUCAUGGUCCACUGUAUCCUCAGAAGAGAGGUUCAAGAUGCCUUCAGAUGUCGCCUGAGAAACUGUCAUGGCCCCAUCAAUGCAGAUGCAACUGGUACAUUUCCCAACGGGCAUGCACAGAUCAUGACGGAUUUUGAGAAAGACGUGGACAUCGCAUGUCGAUCAGCCCUCCACAAAGACAUGGGCUCCUGCCGAGCGGCCACCAUCACCGGCACCCUCUCUCGCAUCUCUCUCAAUGAUGAGGAGGAAGAGAAAGGUCCCGAGGGGCUCAAUUACUCCACGUUGCCUGGCAACAUAAUGUCUAAAGUGAUCAUCCAGCAGCCCUCUGGACUUCACAUGUCCAUGGGCAUGGGAGAUCUGGGAGAGCAGUGUUUAGACAGCACAACAGACAUGCGGCGAACUCUAUACCUGUGUACAGAUGACACCACAAGGCAGGGCGAGCAGGAGCUGAGCGCCCAUGACCUGAGCGGCCACCCUCAGCCAGGGCAGAUGGAAACGGACUACAUCGUCCUGCCUAGCAGGUCCGCGGUGGGGUCGGCGACUGGGUCUAGCAGCAUUCCCACCCUGCUGAAAGACGACAGCAAGAUGAGCAUGACCAUGGACUCUCUGUCACACGAGAGGUUGAUGCAUUACAAGAUGGGCGGUGAGUUUAACCUCGGGCACUCUGGGAUGGAGCACAUGGGAAUGGAACAGCAGUACCCCAUCCAGUCCGAACACAUGCAGAAUUUGCCUUUCGAGCCACGCACGGCUGUGAAGAACUUCCUGGCGGAAAUGGAGGAGAGCGGAGGAAUGUCACGUAGCGAAACCGGUUCAACUAUAUCGAUGAGCUCUUUAGAGAGAAGAAAGUCGAGGUACCAGGAUCUAGACUUCGAGAAAGUCAUGCACACCAGGAAAAGGCAUAUGGAGCUGUUCCAGGAACUCAAUCAGAAAUUUCAAACCCUGGACCGAUUUCGAGACAUACCAAAUAUGGGCGGCAUGGACAAGGCAAUGCCAAACAAGAACCCCUGGGAGAGCUUCAACCCGGCAAGUGAAUAUCAGAACUACGCCACAAUGAAUGUACUUGAAUCAGACACAAAGAACUCUCUGGAGAUGACUAACGCUGAGUGGGAAAAGUGUGUUAACCUCCCUUUGGACGUCCAGGAGGGAGACUUUCAGACAGAAGUCUGAGGAAUAAUGAAGCGUUAGCAGGUGGACAUAUUUUGCACUGAACAAAAACGCGGAAGACUUCUCAUGCAGCCUUGGAAAGACAUAUCUGGAUUCUACGAGUAUAGCAGGGACAAUAUGUGCCAAUAAGAUUUUAAAACAAGGAAUGACAGACGGAUAGAAAGACAGUUAGAAAAAAACAAAAAAAAUCUGUGUUAUCUUUUUUUUUUGUAUUCUCACUCGUGUAUUUAGUGGGGGUCAGACAUGUACAAUAUCGAACAUCAUGUAUUUCAAAAGAAACCAGUUGGAAAAUAAUCAGUUCCAAAAGCAUUAGCUUUCCAAAUGAGACCUCGAGGAGAAAACGACACGACGUGAUGUCCACCCACGAGCGGCGGCUGGGUUCGUUUUUUUGUUCGGCGGGAGACGAGCCCAGGAACACUUGUAUAUACUUGCGCAGGUUUUUAAAAAGUUUAUAACAAGUCCGUUUGGCCAUUACUACACUUUUUACUUCAUGAUAUGAAAAGACGAAACUAUUCCGAGGCAAAGAGGAUUUUUUUCUGUCAUUUAAAAAUGAAUGUUUGUCAGGCUACAUUCUUCAUUGCUUUAAAUGCAAUAAAGGUAAUACUCACUUUUUUAUGAAUAAUAUAUUUCAAAACUUUAAUACUGCAGAAUCUGCCUGGAAGCUCAGUAAAGCUCUCUCAUCUGCAGCCCUGUAUAAAAUAUUUAAAAAUCAAAAACGUUGUAUGGUGUAAAUAAAACUUUUGUCUACAU